GGGAUGUGGCUUGAAGAGAAAAUAUUUGCUGGCCCCGUCUUCAGGGUCUCCAACCUCUGGGUAUAUAUUUUCCUCAAAAUCAUUCCGAAUCUUUCUUCCUUUGUGCAGACUAUAAAUCUGGUCGUUUUAGCAUUUCACUCACUGCCAUUUGGAGCAGCGACAAAGAUCUCGCGGCUCCUCCGCUUAGUUCUUUCUCAGGAGUGGCUUCUGGUGGGGGUGGGGGUUAUAGGUGACACUGUCAGAUGAACUGGAAGGCUUCUCUUCUGGGAGUAAAGAUCCAGUUCUCAUCAAAUGGAAAUCUGGGUUAUGUUUGUACCGUUUAUGUGACCCACCCCUUCACAAAGCCUGUCACCCCGUGCGCUUACAUUUGUCUUAGUGUUGGGAGUCAUUCAACCAUUCAUUCAUUCAUUCAUUCAUUCACUUAUUGAGGGUCUGCUAUGGUUCAGACAGAGUAGCAGGUACUGGGGAUAUAAAAAAAUGAAUAAGACAGCCCUUACCCUCAAGUGCUCAUCGUCUAGUGGAGGAUACCAGGAGGAUAUUAGAUUCCGCUAAUAAAUAUAAAAGUGUGGCAAGUGACAUACUAAAAAUACAUGAAAAGGACACUUGGUAACACUGGAGAAAGAGAAGCUAAUGAUGUAGAGUCUUGAAGGUCGAGUAUUUUGCAGUGUGGAAAGAGGGAACUGCAGGUUGGGAAGAGCAUCAGCAAAGGUAUUGAAAACCUCCCCUUUGAGCUCCAGAGAAACUUUCAGCUCAUGAGAGACCUGGACCAAAGAACAGAGGACCUGAAGGCUGAAAUUGACAAGUUGGCCACUGAAUAUAUGAGUAGCGCCCGCAACCUGAGCUCCGAAGAAAAAUUGGCCCUUCUCAAACAAAUCCAGGAAGCCUAUGGCAAGUGCAAGGAAUUUGGUGACGACAAGGUGCAGCUUGCCAUGCAGACCUAUGAGAUGGUGGACAAACACAUUCGGCGACUGGACACAGACCUGGCUCGUUUUGAGGCUGAUUUGAAGGAGAAGCAGAUUGAGUCAAGUGACUAUGACAGCUCUUCCAGCAAAGGCAAAAAGAAAGGCCGAACUCAAAAGGAGAAGAAAGCUGCCCGUGCUCGUUCUAAAGGGAAGAACUCAGAUGAAGAAGCCCCCAAGGCUGCCCAGAAGAAGUUAAAACUUGUACGCACAAGUCCUGAGUAUGGGAUGCCCUCAGUGACCUUUGGCAGUGUCCACCCCUCUGAUGUGCUGGAUAUGCCUGUGGAUCCCAACGAACCCACCUAUUGCCUUUGUCACCAGGUCUCCUAUGGAGAGAUGAUUGGCUGUGACAAUCCUGAUGUGAGAACCAUUUUGCCUCAGGAUGGCGGGUUCUGGGGACAUGAGUGUUCCAUCGAGUGGUUCCACUUUGCCUGUGUGGGUCUGACAACCAAGCCUCGGGGGAAAUGGUUUUGCCCACGCUGUUCCCAAGAACGGAAGAAGAAAUAGAUAAGGGCUUUGAAUUCUGACAUAGUUUCUUCCACAUCCCCUGACCUGGGCUAGUGGGGAGAGGAAUGCCUGUGCUGGGCCAGAGGGUUCAGGGAGAAGUGAAUGGUGCAGUGUUGUCAUCCUUUCUCCUCCCCUGUCCCCACUACUGGUGCUGAGGCUGCAUUCAAAUCCUGGUAGAGAGGAAUUUCAUAGCCACUAAGGGUAUAUGCUCUCAUUCAGCCCCACCCCCCUUCAGAAGGAAGUGGUCUUGCCCACUGUCCUUUGCCUCCAUGCUGAGGUAGGUGCUGUAUUUCCAAGGGAUGGUCCUCUUUACUCCCCUGGCUUUGUAUUUAAGGACUGGGGCAAUAGCAUGGGGGCACUCCCCCAACCCUCCUGAUUCCCUCCACCCUGUGAGGGGCUAUGGUAUAAUAAACUUUCAUUGUUAUCUUCCUUUUUCCAUGCUGGCGGCUUCCCCAGCUUAUCUGGGCUGUAGCCCUAGUUGAAGGGCCACCCCUUCCUCUGUGCCAAGAGGCUUUGUCCUAGCCUUGUGAAUGGGAGAGGGGGCAAGGUGGAAUGCAAAUAAGCCACAUGUAAAGGAACUUGGGUAGGUGAAUAAAAGCUAUACCCAUUG